GUAAGGUUGGACGCAGCCUUUGCAGUUGUUCAGCGUGAUGCUCUAGAGUCUGGUCUUGGGCCAAUCUUUUGUUGGGCUGACUCAUCGCCCCAGCUCGGAGCCGAUUGGCUGCUUUCGAUUUAUGAUUUCAUUUUUGCAGACCAAGUUGUAGGAGCUUGGGAGGCUGCGAACCAGUUGUCGACGUCAGUGAACAGAUUCAAGCUGCUCUUUGACGCCGAAGAUGGAGCAUCGCUGGAGUCGAUGGAAACCCUGCAAAGUCUUGUGAGGGAGCGUGUUGCCGCUAGCAAACUCUUAGCCCAGCAGCUGCGCAGGCAUCGCCAGAUGCCGAUGGCCUUGGGUUCUUCAGCAGCGACAUUGGAACACAAAACUAAGGCUUUGGCUCUGAAAUUUGCACACGAAGCACAUAGUUUGACCAGUUUGGAACAGAUCGCAGGUCGUGUGUAUUCUUUGACAGUAGAUAUGGGGACAGAGGCUUGCAUCUCAGAGGCUGCGGGCAGCAUUUGCGAAUACUUGCCCACGUGGGUGCAAGUGGAUCGUUUGCUCCCUGAUGCUGGGCUGGAUCCUGGAGUUUUGCACGACAUGCCGACACAUGCAUUCACGAAUGCUUUUUUGUGCUCUGGUCUUGAUCACAUUUCAAACAACUUGCAGAGUGACAUGGAUGCGCGUUUGCAAAAUUGGAACACAUGGCUGCGAGGAUUCAAGGCCCUUGCCCACCUGCUGUCUCACAGGUAUUUGUUGAAACGCCUGGUUGCGAGAUGCGUCUCUGGGGGCCCGUAUGCAGCAUUGGCGCGAUGUUUCGAGACAGCCGUGCCAAGCAUUGCGAAAUGGAGGUGGGGAACAAUCGUGAAGGCAUUGCCGCCUAUACUCGCCCUGUUCAGGCCGUUACGAAUCGUGUGGGAUGCGUCGAAAUAUCUUGGAAGGGCUGUUGGGCAGGCCCAGGCCCAAGAGGAAGGACCCGGAGCAGAAGAUCGGCAGGCUGAAGACGAGUUGGACGCAGACGUUGUGACGGAGACAUUGAAGAGUCCAUUUUGGCUGCCGUACGCCCACAUGCUUCUUCAACUCCACAAAGAGUGGCUUUUGUCCUCUGAGGAUGACAACUCGGAUGGUUCCGGAAGAAGCGAGCAUGCCAAGGCGGUCGUUGCUUUGUUGUCCGAGUUGGAUUUGCCGACUGAUUCCGAUGGGCCGAAAUGUGUGUGCCCACUUGCUGGCAAGCGUGCGCACGAGUUGGCAACGGGAGUGCUCAAGGAACGACUUCGCAAUUUUUGCGAUAAGGUGCGCCCCGAGGUCAUCAUGCAGGCAGCUCCACUUGAUGCUGCAGACAAGGAUAGAUUGAUGCAGGAUUUUGAGCACGGUGUAAGCCAUAUCGACAUGACAGUUGAGCUGAAACUGGGACAGUGGGACGAUUUUCCUUGGAAGCUGUGUUCCCUGGCUGUGCCAUGUGCAGAUCAGAGGCGACAAGCAGCCUCAACCAUUCUGGAAGCUUUCCGAAAGCUUCCGCAAGAACAGCAUUACCAUCAUCGAAUUACUUGGCGGUUCCUGUCACCAGGCAGUGUCCUUGAACAGCAACUGCGGCGUUUGGCUGAUGAAGCUACUGUUUCGCUGAGUGAACUACCGCAGCUUCAGUACGAAAUUGCUUGUUUGAGGUUCAUACCUGUGGUUGAACGUGUCGUGGAAGCUGAGCACAGCCUGGUUCACCGCCAUGGUGGACACCGGAAGGUUACUGGUGCUUAUAUCUCAUGCGCAGAACGCUUGCACGAAAUCGAUAAGUGCAUGCAGGAUGAACAGAAGAAGCAACAAUUGCUGGCUGCUUUUGAAAAAACCCGCAAAGUGCGACGACUUGCGAAGCUCUUCCGGUUCUCAAAGCACCCGCAAUGGCUCGAGAUGGUGUCCAAGCCCAAGACACAGCAGCGGGGUUUGGAUAAAAUGGCCAACGCCAUCAUGUACGGGAAUGACACCACCAUGUUGUAUUUGGACCUCUCCGUGCCGCAACGAAAGAAUCGCGCCUAA